AUGGUAGUCGGUAGUGAUAUCCUACCGAAAAUACUAGUCCCAGGCCUUAAAAACGACAUCGGUGGAAGCCUCAUAGCCCAGAAUACCAUCUUUGGAUGGAUUUUAAGCGGACCUGUAGCACAAUCGAUUACAUCACUCAGUACGCAAGUAAUCGAGACCAUGGUCGACCCCUUAGGUGAUCUGCUGAAGAAAUUCUGGGAACAAGAAGAAGUGUCAGGAGCCCAGACACAGACGGAUGAAGACACCAUCUGCGAGGACCUCUAUCGAAAUACCACGUACCGGAGAAAUGACGGUCGAUAUGUGGUAAAACUCCCCUUCAAACCGGAAUUUCCCAACACGAUGGCAUUAGGACACUCAAGACUCUCAGCUCAGCAGCAAUACAUCAGCAUCGAACGAAACCUUGAGAAAAAACUGGAUCUCCAAAAAAUCUAUGCAGAGGUCCUAGAAGAGUACCAAACACUUGACCAUAUGGAGCGAACGAAUACCCAAGAAAUUAUACGGGACGGCAAAUACUUCUCAUUCUCUCUGCCACAUCACGCAGUAAUAAAACCCGAUAGUAAAACCACUAAAGUCCGAGUGGUAUUCAAUGCGUCUAAACUCUCUCACUCAGGUCUCUCCCUAAACGACGUACUGCAUACAGGACCCAUACUGCAAAACGAUCUUAUGCUCAAUACUCGUCUUCCGCAAGUGCCGCUUAUGCUGCCGCCCGCAUUCCGUACGAUACUGUCGUGCUUUCCUGGCGAUGACGCCCGACGAGAGGUACGAGUCUGCAAAGGCACAUCGCUAUUGCAUUAA